AUUCUUCUCUCCCCUUAUCUUUUCCCUCUUUAUCUCUCUUUCGCUUCAACCUGUGCCGUCCUCUCUCUUUUUCUUUUGAAACCCUAAAUCCAACCUUCCUCUUCUUUUUCUCAUAGAUAGCCAACUCACUUCUCUUGCUCCGGAUAAUCUCUGGCCAUUAACACUCUGUUUAUCGCUCUCCCUGUCUCCUAAAUGCUCAUUUCUGUAAGGCAUAUCUCGCGCUCUCGAACGCCGUAUCUUCAACAUCGUUUUUGUCAACCUCUAUCUGAAAACCCUAACCGAUCGAGCUAAGCGGAGAGAUUCCGGCGAUGCUGAGAGACUGAGAUCUCUGUUGCGGGCUUCACACGCUCACGAAGAGCGUUAGCCCGGCGGCUUGCUUCAAGGCAAUUGAGGAAUCGCAUCCCACUUCCUCGGCAACGGCGGUUGCAGCUACAAAGAUGAAACAAAUCAACUAUGCUUAGUGUCAAACUGAUUCAGAAAAGCUCCUCUCUAAUCCCAUCCGCUGGAAGGAAUGUUGGAAGAAAGCACUCAGAAUCAUCAAAAUGUGGAGUUUAAUUGAUCAUAGGGAGGAGAAUGAAGAACAUGCUUUUCUUUGGCUUCUGAUAAUGGAUAAAAAAAAAUAAAAAGCAUAGGCUUGGAUCUACUAAGUCAUCAAGAACAGAUGAAAAGAUUCGGACAUCACCUUAAACUAUUGUUCAGUGAUAAGAAACCAUCACAAUCUCAGACAAAACAACUCUGCAGAGGUUUCUAUCAGGGGACUAAGGUUGUUUCUCCAAACCAAGAUGAUUUUGCUAUGAUUUCACCAAGAAUUAAACUCAGAGAUGGGAGGCACCUGGCUUAUCUUGAGAGAGGGGUUUCUAAGGACGUGGCAAAGUACAAGAUCAUCAUUGUCCAUGGUUUUGGAAGCUCCAAAGAGAUGAACUUUCUCGCACCCCAAGAACUAAUAGAUGAACUAGGCAUAUAUCUGCUGCAAUAUGACCGAGCUGGGUAUGGAGAAAGUGAUCCAAAUCCCAAACGCUCGCUCAAAAGUGAAGCACUUGACAUUCAAGAACUUGCUGAUCAGUUGGAGUUAGGGCCACAGUUCUAUGUCAUUGGAGUCUCAAUGGGUUCAUAUGCUACAUGGAGUUGCCUUCAGUACUUACCCCACAGCAGCAGAGAAAGAAGAAGAACAACUCGAGUUACUUCUGAACGAGAUUAAUUUAUUAUCUUGGUU